AUGGAACAAGUGUCUGGGGGGUCAGCAAGUGUAAAUCGAGUAGGUCAGAGGAAAUUCGAGAGGUACAAAACGAAGGAAAAAAAGAAAGGGGCAUGUUACGCAUGUGGUAGGGAGGGUCACUAUCGGAAAGAUCCUAAUUGUCCAGCAAAAGGUAAAAUAUGUAAUAAGUGUCAUAAAGAAGGACAUUUUGCACAAUGCUGUCAAACUAAGAAUGCAAAAGAAAAGACUGCAGACAGAAAAUCAGGUAAGAAGAAACUGUACGUCCGUUUGGUGGAUUCAGAUGAUGAGAAAAUAAAUACUACAGAGUCCAAAGCUUAUUUGUUUGCUAUAGGAGAAAAUGAGGUUGAUACUCGAGACAAUGAGAUUAUUGUAAACAUAGGAGGAAUAGACACACAUGUACUUGUAGAUUCAGGAGCUUCAGUGAAUGUCAUUGAUAGAGAGUUAUGGGAAAGUCUAAAAGCUGAAAACAUACAAUGCGACAUGCAUUUAACAAAGAAGAAAAUUUAUGCUUAUGGAAACCAGACUCCGCUAACAGUAGCAGGUUGUUUUGAAACAAAGGUUAAGACUACAAAGACAGAUAUUGACGCUAUAUUUUAUGUGGUUGAAGAAUCUGGUAAAGCGCUUCUAGGUAAAGAAACUGCUACCAAAUUGGGUAUACUGAAUAUUUGUAUUCCUACGCAAAGUGUCAGCAGCGUAUCCAUAGAAUUUGAUGAAAAUGCUUUAAUUACCAAAUACGCUGAUGUUUUUCAAGGCAUAGGGAAAUUGAAGUCCUUUCAGCUACAUGGACCGAUUGACGAGUCUGUAGAACCAGUCAUUCAGCCAGUAAGACGUGUUCCGUAUCACUUGCGAGAGAAGUUUGAAAAAAAGUUGUCAGACUUAGUGUGUGAUGACAUCAUAGAGAAGGUUAACGAACCAAGUAAGUGGAUUUCACCUGUUGUAAUUGUACCGAAGCCCAAUGGUGACAUAAGACUAUGCAUUGACAUGCGAAGAGCAAACUUAGCCGUUGUCCGUGAGAGGUAUCCUAUUCCUGUUAUAGAUGAAAUACUUCAGGAUCUGAAUCAGAGUCAGAUAUUCAGCAAACUUGAUAUUCGAUGGGCCUAUCACCAGAUUGAGCUGGCACCAGAGUCGAGGCAAAUUACCACUUUUAUGACACACAAAGGCAUGUUCCGUUAUAAACGUUUAAAUUUUGGCAUUAGCUGUGCACCGGAGAUGUACAAUAAAAUUAUACAACAAGUGUUUGAAGGAUGCAAAGGAGUCAAAAGUAUAUAUGCUGAUGUGGUUGUAUAUGGGGCCACUGAAAAGGAAGAUAAUGACAAUCUAGAACAAGUACAUGUACUUCAGAUUUUACGUGAAAGGGGAUUGACUCUGAACCAGGAUAAAUGCAUGUUCAACAUGAAGCAGAUCGAGUUUAUGGGACACGUAUUAUCGGCAAAAGGUAUUGGACUUAGUCAGUGCAAGCACGUACACCGCAAUCAGUUAGUGAAAAGUUUCAUGGGACUCGUGAACUUCAUGGGACUUGUGAACUUCAUGGGCCGAUUCAUCCCAAAUUUGGCAACUCUCAUGGAGCCUUUGAACCGUUUGACACGCAAAGAUACUAAGUUCAAAUGGAAAACGGAACAGGAAGAGUCAAAUGUCACAGAGGUGAAGAAAUUCCAGGAAAGGAAGGAAAUGAGUGAAAACCGUGUGUUUGAAAAUCAAAAUGUGUUGAAAUCAAGUGAAAUUGCAACAAGAAAUUCAAAUGUCAAUGAAAAUGGAAAUGUUGAUAUGUCAUAUGAGAAUGUCAGUUAUGGUGCAUAUAUGUCGAAUGAAUCUGAUAUUGAAUGGGAUAUUGAGGUUGAAUCUGAUAGAUCAGGAAGUGAUGCAAGAGUAAAGUUAGCAGAACAUUGA